CCCCCGCUCCCAUCCGCUGCUGUAGCUGUACUCUCUCUCUCUCUCCUCUCUCUCCUGCUCCGAGCUGUGUAUAUAGAAAAAUCCAGUGUAUUUUCCCCGGUGUGCAUAUAUAGGCUUUGGAAGGGGGCGCAGGGGUGGAAUUUCGGGAAUCGAUUUGUAGUGGGGCAUGUAAGCUUGUGGGAGAGGAAAGCAGCAGGAGACGAAGGUAGUAGACAAGGAAAAGUAUGCCAAAGAAAAUGAGAGAACAACCUUCUUAGCUUCUCCUCCAGUCUCUCUCCACCACCGCUCUAUCUCCUCGGUAGGAAGAAGAGCAAGCAAGAGAGGAGCAAGCUAGCUAGCGGUACAAGGGAGAGUGAGAUCAAUCCCAAGCACGUACGUAUGAGAAGGUAUAGCCAACCCAUAUCAGGAAUUUUGGGGGCUCUCCUUUCGGUCUGCUUUAUCUCCUUGGCUCUGUCGGGCUCCUCCCCGUUUGUCUCCGGAUCGGACUCGGAGGAACAGCAAAAUCUUUCUAGUCACGCCCCCCAUAUGGUCUCCCGCUCGCAUGCUCGGCGAAGGGGACGGACGAAUUGAAGAACACCUGCCAGUCCGAUCGAGCUGGUGGUGCCGCCAGGAUAAAUCGGGAGGUAUAUGAUGGCGUCGAAUUCACCGGCGGCGGCGUUCUUUGGUGUUAGGGAUGGGGACCAGCAAGACCACCAGAUUAAGCCGCUGAUAUCACCGCAGCAGCAGCAGCAGCUGGCAGCGGCACUGCCCAGCGUGGCGUCCGGCCAAGGCGCGCCGACGGCGGCGGCGCAGCCACCGCCCAAGAAGAAGAGGACUAUGCCCGACCCAGACGCUGAGGUGAUCGCCCUGUCGCCCAAGACGCUGAUGGCGACCAACAGGUUCGUGUGCGAGGUGUGCAGCAAGGGGUUCCAGCGAGAGCAGAACCUGCAGCUGCACCGGCGCGGGCACAACCUGCCGUGGAAGCUGAAGCAGAAGGACCCGCUGCAGGCGCAGCGGCGGCGCGUGUACCUGUGCCCGGAGCCGACGUGCGCGCACCACGACCCGGCGCGCGCCCUGGGCGACCUGACGGGGAUCAAGAAGCACUUCAGCCGCAAGCACGGCGAGAAGAAGUGGAAGUGCGACAAGUGCUCCAAGCGCUACGCCGUGCAGUCGGACUGGAAGGCGCACUCCAAGAUCUGCGGCACCCGCGAGUACCGCUGCGACUGCGGCACGCUCUUCUCCCGGAGGGACAGCUUCAUCACGCACCGGGCGUUCUGCGACGCGCUCGCGCAGGAGAGCGCGCGGCUGCCGCCGACCAGCAGCCUCAGCAACCUCACCAGCCACCUCUACGGCGCCGCCACCAACGCGGGCAACAUGGCGCUCAGUCUCUCGCAGGUGGGCUCCCACCUCACCUCCACUCUCCAGGACGGCCACCACCACCGCCCGUCCCCGGAGCUCCUGCGACUCGGCGCUACGGCCGGCGGCGGCGGUGGCAGCAGCAUCGCCGCGCGCCUCGACCACCUCCUGUCGCCCAACGGUGCCUCCGCCUUCCGCCCAGCGCAGCCUCCGUCCUUCUUCCACAACGCGGGGGCAUCGGUCGGCCAGGACUUUGGGGAUGACGCGGGCAAUGGGCCGCACUCGUUCCUUCAGCUGCAGGCCAACAAGCCUUUCCAUGGACUACUCAUGCAGCUGCCCGACCUCCAAGGCAACGGUGCUGGGGGCCCCGGCGCCUCAGGCGGACCCAGCUCUCUCUUCAGCCUGGGUUUCUUUGCUAACAAUGGCAACAGCAGCUCGGGGUCCAGUCACGAGCAUGCAAGUCAGGGGCUCAUGAACAGUGACCAGUUCAGCGGCGGCGGUUCGGAGGCACAGGCGGCGGCAGGGAUUUUUGGCGGGAACUUCGUUAGUGCUGGUGGAGAUCAAGUUCCACCGCCGGGGCUCUACAGAGACCAAGCCUCCAUGCUGCCGCAGAUGUCGGCGACCGCUCUGCUCCAGAAGGCGGCGCAGAUGGGCGCGACCACGAGCGCCAACGGCGCCAGCGCGGCGUCCAUGUUCCGAGGCUUCGCGGGCUCUUCCCCACAACACGUGCGGCCAGCGACGCCGCACAUGGAACAGAGCGACGCGAACCUGAACGACCUGAUGAACUCGCUCGCUGGAGGCGGUGGCCUCGGUGCCGGCGGAGGAAUGUUCGGCGGCGGCAGCAACGGCGCCGGCCACGCGGGCAUGUUUGAUCCGAGGCAGCUGUGCGACAUGGCGGAGCGCGAGGGGAAGUUCGGCUUCGGCCAGGGUGGUGGCGGAGACAUCACGCGGGACUUCCUUGGCGUCGGCGGAGGCGGCCUCGUGCGCGGGAUAUCGACGCCGAGAGGAGACCACCAGAGCAGCAGCGAUAUGAGCUCCAUGGAGGCUGAGUUGAAGUCGGCCUCGUCCUUCAAUGGAGGCAGGAUGCCAUGACAGAGACCGACCCAUCGAUCAAGAUUAUACAGACAUAAGCUCGCGCACAGUAAUCCAGAGACUUGAUCAACCAGAUGCAAUGGGAGAGCAGUAAGGUCGUCGUCAUGAAGUUAGAAACUGAGUCGCAUGAGUGAGUUCAUGCAUGGGAUAAAGCUAGCUAGCUAGCUUUCAUCAUCCGAAGGGACCUUGGGUGAGAAAGAUGCGUCUUCUCUGACUAAUGGAGCAGUAAGCUGGAGUGCGAGUUGGACGCAUGUGAUCACCCAUUUGCUCGUGCAUGGCGGGGGUUGGUGUUCAUUCUGCUGGUCUCGUUCUUGUUGGUUUUCCCUUCCUUUGUAGUUGGAUAAUCUUUGUUGGAUCAAGUAUAGUUUUUCUAGUGAUAGUAUCUAUAAGGAUGUUAUUUGUAGCUAGCUUAUAAAGGGGCGUGAUUUGCAGCUUAAUUUGCUCCAUUCCCCUCCUCCUAUUUUUUAUUUCCUUUUCUCUUGUAUCAAAACAAUACCCCCCCUUACAAUGUCAUUAAUCAUGCUAGCUGAAAUUCAUCAUGUUCUCUU